UUUCCCUCAUUUUCUCUCAUGCUGCCAUUUCAACUUCUUCUUCUUCUACUUCUCUAGUACAUAACGCUCAAUUUGGCGCAAUGGCUGCCAUGGAGUCCUUGAUCGCCCUUGUUAACCGUAUUCAGAGAGCUUGUACUGUUCUUGGUGAUUACGGCGGUGAGUACUCUGCUUUGCCUACUAUUUGGGAGACUCUUCCGUCUGUUGUUGUCGUCGGCGGUCAGAGCUCUGGAAAAUCAUCGGUGUUGGAGAGCAUUGUUGGUCGUGAUUUUCUUCCCAGGGGAUCAGGAAUUGUUACGCGGAGGCCUCUAGUUUUGCAGCUCCAGAAGGUUGAACCAGGAAGAGAGGAGUAUGCAGAAUUUCUUCAUCUGCCUAAGAAAAAAUUUACUGAUUUCUCGUUGGUUAGGAAGGAAAUAGAAGAUGAAACUGAUAGCUUGACUGGGAGGUUAAAACAAAUUUCUCCUGUUCCAAUUCAUCUCAGUAUCUACUCUCCAAAUGUGGUCAAUUUGACACUCAUAGAUUUGCCUGGUUUAACAAAGGUUGCUGUAGAAGGACAGCCUGACAGCAUCGUUCAAGAUAUUGAAUCAAUGGUCCGGACUUAUAUCGAGCAGCAAAACUGCAUAAUUUUGGCCAUAACUCCGGCUAAUCAAGAUAUUGCAACAUCUGAUGCUAUUAAGCUUUCUCGAGAGGUUGAUUCCACAGGUGAAAGGACAUUUGGGGUAUUGACAAAGCUUGAUUUGAUGGAUAAUGGAACAAAUGCUUUGGAGGUUCUUGAUGGAAGGUCCUAUCGGCUUCAACACCCUUGGGUUGGAGUUGUCAACCGUUCUCAAGCUGAUAUCAAUAAGAAUAUUGAUAUGAUUACCGCUCGACGAAGGGAACGUGAAUUCUUUGCUUCUAGUGUUGACUACAAACACUUGGCUGGUACAAUGGGGUCAGAGUAUCUGGCGAAACUCCUGUCAAAGCACCUAGAGUCUCAGAUAAAGACAUGUAUGCCUGGCAUUGCAUCGUUAAUUAACAAAAGCAUUGAUGAAAUUGAAGCAGAGCUUGAUCAACUUGGGAAGCCUGUUUCUGUGGACUCUGGGGCUCAAUUGUAUACCAUCCUAGAGCUUUGCCGUGCAUUUGACCUGGUGUUCAAGGAGCAUCUCCAUGGGGGACGACCUGGUGGUGACCGGAUAUAUAGUGUUUUUGAUAAUCAGCUUCCUCAUGCUUUGAGAAAGCUUCCUUUUGAUCGGUAUCUCUCACUGCAAAAUGUGAGAAAAGUAAUAUCGGAGGCCGAUGGAUACCAACCCCAUCUGAUUGCACCUGAGCAUGGGUAUCGGCGCCUUAUUGAAGGAGCAGUUAAUUAUUUUAGACGUCCGGCUGAAGCUUCAGUUGAUGCUGUUCAUUUCAUUUUGAAGGAACUCGUUAGAAGAUCAAUGGCAGAAACUCAGGAGCUGAAGCGCUUUCCCACUCUCCAAGCUGAAGUUUCAAGAGCUGCAAACGAAGCGUUAGAGAGAUUUCGAGAAGAUAGCAAAAAGACAACCUUGCGUUUGGUUGACAUGGAAUCCUCCUACCUAACAGUAGACUUCUUUCGAAAGCUCCAACAGGAAGAUGAAAAGGGAGGAACCCCACCAUCUACAGCUACCACAGACCGGUACACUGAGGCGCAUUUUCACCGGAUAGCAUUAAAUAUUUCUUCAUAUAUCAGGAUGGUGUCUGAGACUCUGAGGAACACCAUUCCAAAGUCUGUUGUUCAUUGUCAAGUUAGGGAAGCAAAGCGAUCUAUAUUAGAUUACUUUUAUGUGCAAUUGGGACAAAUGGAGGGCAAUCAACUUGCAGCUCUUCUGGGUGAAGAUCCUGAAUUGAUUGAAAGGAGAAAGCAAUGUGUCAAAAGGCUUGAACUACAUAAAUCAGCAAGGAAUGAGAUUGACUCAGUCUCAUGGUUCUGAAAACACAAUGGUAUGGAUUUUAUGGUAAACUUUUGCUCCCUUAGUUUGCUAUUAUAUGAGUAUAAAGCUCUUAAUCUAAGUUUUCCCCCAUUGAUCUUGAUUUUUCUUAGAUUAGGUCCCUUUUUCUGGCAAGGCUCUGAUUUUUGCAUUGUCCUUCCUUUUUUCCCCAAGCCUUUUUUGUUUCCCUUAACUUUUGAUUAAUAUCAAUUCAAGUAAUUCAUCAAUU